UGGGGUUCCUUUUGAGAAUUUUUGGGAAUUUUGGGGUCCUUCAAGAGAAUUUGGAGGUCUCUUGGGAAUCUUGGGGACCCCAUAAGGAAAUGGUGGGGGAAUUAAAGGGAAUUUUGUAGUGUUUGUAGGGAAUUUAUGGGAAUAUGUUGAGAAUUUUGAGAAUUAUGUGAUCUACACCAGGAUUUUUUUUUUUUUUUUUUACAUUUUGUGUCCAAAUAUUGGAAUUCUUAGAUUGGGAAUUUUUGCAAUGCUGGGGUCCUCAAAUGGAAUUUUGGAGGAUCCCAUAGGGAAUUUUCGGGGUCCAUAUAAAAACACUUGGGCCCAAACAUGCGAAGUUUGGGUUCUCUAGAGGAAAUUUUUGGCAUCUGCUUAGGGAAUAUUUGGGAGUUUUGGGUCCAAAUGUGGGAAUUUUGGUGGGAGGGAUUUUGAUGGCGAAAUAUAACAGUGAUGAGCUGGCAUGAAGCCUAUGAGAUCCAGGGUCUAAUUUUAGGGUGGUUUUGGCUCCCUUGGGGGGUUUCAGGCCCGUUUGGGUGUGUUUAGGUCCAUUUGGAUGCUUUUAGGAAAAACUGGGCACUUUCAGGGUUGAUUUUCCAGCCAUCAGUGAGAUUGAAGGGUGAUUUUAGGCCAGUUGUGUGGGUUUUUAAUCAAUUUGGGAAUUUUUAGACCCCUUGGUUAGAUUUUAACCCCAUUUGGCUUAUUUUAGGCCAAACCAUGUGAGGAUACAGGGUGGAUUCAUGGGCCUUUGUCUGUUUUUAAGCUAAACCUUAUCAAUUUUAGGAUGAAUUUUAGGCCACUUUGGACAAUGUUAGGGCCAUUUGGAUAAUUUUAGACUCCCUUUGCGUAGAUUGGAGGUCCAUUUGGCUGAUGUUAGGCCAAAUCUGGUGGAUUCAGGCUGCCUUUGAGGAGCUUUUGAGUGAUUUUAGGCAAAACCUAAUGCUUUUAGGACCGAGCAGUGCUUUGACCCCGCCCCUUUCCUCUCACAGUUCCCGCCCUUCCCUUGGCCCCGCCUCUUUCCCCUCACAGUUCCCGCCCUUCCCUUGGCCCCGCCCCUUUCCUCUCAGAGUUCCCGCCCUUCACUUGACCCUCCCCUCCCAGUUCGGGGUUCCGAACGGGGCAGGAGGAGGAGGGAGGGAGGAAAAGGCGGAGGGGCAGCAGAAGCAGGAGGAGCGAAGGAGCGAAUGAAGCGCGCGAAUCCAGAGCUCCCUGAACUCGCAGCUCCCCCAGGACCAUGGCCCCCCAUCCCGCAGGUGCCCGGGGAGGGGGAGCUCUUAGCAUUGCCACAGUAUCCCCCAGUUGCCACCAGCAUGGUUGCACUCCCCUAACUAUGGUCCCAGCUGUUUCCAGCUUUCUCUGAGCCCUUCCAAAUGUGGUUCCAGGCCCCUGUAUGGUUACAUACACGCUCAUUAUAUCCUAGUUCCCCCAGUUAUCUCAGAAUGAUACCAGUCGUUCCCAUUUACUCACUGUUGCCUCCAGCCUCAUCCCAGUUUCUGUCAGUUGCCCAUAUUCCCAGUUGCUCCCAGUAUGAUCCCCCUUAUGGCCUCAAUCCCCUCAGCAUGGUGCCAGUACCUUCCAGUUGAUCUCAAUGUGUCCACAUUUUCCCAACAUGGGCCCAGUAGCUCCCAGUAACCCUCACUCACGUUCCAUUCCCACUCACUGUAAUCCCAGUGGCUCCCAGGAUGAUCCCAGUAGAACCCGUAGUCACUCCCAGUAUCGUUCCAGUCCCUCCCAAUAUGAUCCGUUGCUCCCAGUCACUCCCAGUAUGGUUCCAGCCACCUCCAGUACGACCCCAGUCACUCCCAGAUCCUCCCAGUAUUAUUCCAGUCAUGCCCAGAGUAACUCCCUGUCACUCCCAGUGUGGGCCCAGUUGCUCCGAGUCGCAGUAUGGUUCCAAUAAUGGCCAGCACUUUUCCUUGACUCUCAGUCCGAUUGCAGUAUGCUCUCAGUCAUUCUAGGAUGUUCCCAGUACUAUUCCAGUCAGUCCCAGUAUGAUCCCAGCUACUUGCAGUAGAUCCCAGUAUGACUCUGAUAUGGGCACAGUAUAGUUCCAGUUGCUCCCAUUUCCUCUCACUGUAGUUUCAGUGUAUUACAGUUGCCAUCAGCAUGUUCCCAGUCACUCCCAGUUGUCCUCAGCUGCUUCCAGACUGAUUCCAGUUGCUCACAGCCUCUCUUAGUCACCCUCAUUGCAGUCCCAGUGUCUACCAGUAUCAUCCAGUGUGAUCCCAGUCCUUUUGAGUAUGGUUUCAGUUGCUCUCGGUUCCUCCCAGUGUGAACCCAGUUGCCCAGUUGCCCCUAGCAUUGUCUCAGUCACUCCAUAUAUGAUCCCAGUCCCUCUCAGCAUGGUCCCAAUCAUGCGCAGUGGUCCCAGUAUAGAGUAGUUGAUCCCACUGACUCCCCAGUAACCCCCAGUGUGGUUCCAGUCCCCCCACUAUGGUUACAGACACUUAUUAUAUCAGUUCUCACAGCUGCCCCUAGUACAGUCCCAGUCACUCCCAGUACUAUCCCAGUAUGAGUCCAGUUUGAUGCCAGUCUCUGCCAGCAGGGCCCCAGUCAUUCACAUUUUCCCCAGUUGCCCCAGUGUGGUCCAAAUUUUCCCCCCAACACAUUCCCAGUCUUUACCAGUUAGGUCCCAGUCAUCACCCCUAUGGUCUCAGAAACGCCCAGUAUAUCCCAGUUUCACUGAACAAUCUCGUAGUCAUUCCCAGGCACUCCCACUUACUUCAGCGUGGUUCACUUGUCUCCAGUUUUAUCCCAGUUGCCCCUACAAUAGUCCCAGUGCCUCUAAGUAUUGUUUUGGGUUUUUUUUUUUUGGCAGGGAGGGCAUAUUUGGAGAAUGCAGAACUCCAAAGCUGAGCAGAAAAUUCCCCUUGGGAGAUAUUCGGGGAUCCCAAUGGCGGCUGGUGGCAGAGGCAGCCUGGAGGAGCAGAGCCCUGUGUUGCCCAGGACCCCAAAGUGGAGAGCCCAGAAAGGGAGGAGUGCUGCCAUUCGCGGGACCCUCAACAGCCUGGAGAGGGGCAGGGGGCAUUCCUUGGACCACCUGCACCUGAAAGUACAGAAUAAGGGGAGAAGGGAUCCUGGGACUCUAAAAUCCCCCAGCAUCCCUAAAUGGGGAGAGGGAAGAGGGGGGAGCUUUUCGGAUUCCUGAGGCUCCCAGCAGCCUGGGGAGGGUGGGGACCAAGUAGAUGGGGGAUCCCCAAUGCCAGCGUGACCCCCAGCAUCUAGGACAGGUGGAACCCCCAAACAGCAAAGGGGAAGGACCAUUCCCAGGAACUCCUGGGAGGCAUUUUCAGGGCUGAGUGUUGAUGUUUGGGAGGUUUUGAUGGAUCCCAGGUGCCUGGGGACUUCUAGGGAUGGACUUGGGCAGGAGCAACCCCCCAGUGUGCUUAUUUAUCCCCUGUAUUUCCCCAAACCAGGAUUUCCCAUUGCUAAGCCCUGGCCCGAUGGAGGAGGAGGAGGCUGCAAGGAAGAGGAGGAUGGCUGAGAAGCCCCAGGCAGACAAGGAGCUGAGCAUGGAGACCAGGGAGGACAAAUCCCCAUGGCAAAACCUCAUGGAAGAGGCUAUUUGCAGCGGAUCCACUGUGCUAGAAUCCAAUGGGGAGGAAAAGUUGCAGAGAUCUCGCACCAGGAGGGGCUGCAAACGCAGAUCGCCGGUAUCUGAGGAGGAAAGACCCAGCCUGGGCUGGGCAGGCAGCUGGAGAUCGAGCCAGAGCUCAGACCUGGUGGUCCAUGAGCAGCUUCGUGAUAGGGAAAAACCCCACAUCUGCUCAGAGUGUGGGAUGAAUUUCAGAAGGAGGUACAGCCUUAUCUACCACCAGAGGAUCCACACUGGGGAACGGCCCUACGAGUGCGGGGAGUGUGGGAAGGGAUUCAGAGCCAGCUCCCAACUGAUCCGGCACCAGAGGAUCCACACUGGGGAGAGGCCCUACGAGUGUGGGGAGUGUGAGAAGAAGUUUCAGACCAGCAGCAAUCUCCUUCUGCAUCAGCGCACGCACACAGAGGAGAAGCCCUUUCACUGCCCCGACUGCGGGAAGGGCUUCAGGCAGAACUCGCACCUCAUCACCCACCGGCGCAUCCACACCGGGGAGAGGCCCUACGAGUGUGAGGAAUGUGGAAUGGGAUUCAGCGACAGCUCCAACCUCAUUUACCACCAGAGGACCCACACUGCAGAUAGGCCCUACAAGUGUGAGGAGUGUGGGAAAAGCUUCACGGUGUUCUCUGCACUGAUCUGCCACCAGAACAUUCACACUGGGGAAAGGCCAUACAAGUGUCAGGAUUGUGGGAAGGGCUUCAGGCACCGUUCUGCCCUAAUCCUUCAUCAAAAGAUCCACAGUGGGGAGAGGCCCUACGAGUGUUCUGAGUGUGGGAAGAGGUUUCACUCCAGCUCCAAGCUCAUCCAACACUACCAGACACACACGGAGGAGAAGCCAUACGAGUGUCCUGACUGCGGGCAGGGCUUCAGGCAAAACUCCCACCUCAUCAUCCACCGGCGCAUCCACACUGGGGAGAGGCCCUACGUGUGUGAGGAGUGUGGGAAGAGCUUCUCCCAGAGCUCAACCUUGACCAAACACCAACGGAGGCACCAGUAAGGGAAGCCUGAGUGCCCCGAGUGCAGGAAGAGCUUCAUGCGCUGCUCCAACUCCAUCCUCCACUGCAGGACCCAUGUUGGGCAGAGCCCUGGUGACCCACAUUCCCUGGGAUCCAUGUUGGGAAGACACCUGCCUGGUUACCUUUUUGUUUUGGCCUUAAUUUUUGUCUCUUCUCCAUCUCUUUGUGUAUCAAAGCCAAGACGGAUCAAUCUGUCACAUCAAAACCUCUCAAAUGCCACUGAAAACACCUCAAUUUUAACCCAAAGUGGCUCAAUCCCACCUCUAAGUGGAGUGUUCCCUCCUCAAAACAAUUCAAUCCCACACGAACCUUACUGGAUUCCAUAUUGUUGGAUGCUGCUGGGAACUAGUGGAAAAGCCACCUUGAAGCCUUGAGUUUCUCAUGCUUUUCAAGGACAAAAAAUUAUCACAAUGAUUAAACACCUGCUGGAUCUGUGAGAGACGUGAUGUUUUGCAGAAAGCAUGUUUUCAAAGAGGUGUUGCGUUCUUGAACUAAUGAGUCUUUUCUAUUCUGUUUUGCAUAUACUACCCUAUAUAUUCGUAGUGUUUCUUUAAAUAAGGCUCUCUCUCUCUCUUUUGCUUCUCCAUUACACGAGGAACUAUGUUGCAUUGUUCUUUUUGCUGCUCUCCCAAAGCUUAAAAUGCAACACUUUGAGGUUUCCCGAGAUUGCUACUUGAGUGAACUGAGAUUUUUUGAGUGAUCAUUGCACCAGGAUAAACCCAGAGCUGAAUCUGCUGACACUGGGACAGACCCAGUGAGGCUGUUGACAACCGGGGCUGUGCUCCAAGCUAGGCUUUUCUAACCAGAGCCAUGCCGAGAGCAGACUGAGAAACCCAGAAAAUUAGGACAGCAGAACCUGGGGCCACCACCAGAGCCGUGAUAAUGGCCAGAGUCGGAGCCUUCUGGGGACAUCACAGACCAACCCUGACUGCAACAGGACGGGAGAUCCGCAGAAAUUGUUGGCUGUUUCCUCCCUCCACAGAGAGAGGUAACAUGAGCAGUUUCACUAGAGAGACAAUAGUUAGCUUGUUUGGAAUGGUGAACUCCUGGCUAGCUGCUAGGAGGAUUGGAGAUCUCUUUAAAAAUGGAUAAGAAAAAGAGAGAGAGCUUUAUUUAAAGAAACACUACACUUUAUAUAGUGUAAUAACUGAAAAACAGAAUAGAAAAGACUCAUUGGUCCAAGAAGGCAACACCUCAUUGAAAACAUGCUUUCUGUAAAACAACACAUCUCUCAUGAACCCUUCAGGUGUUUAAUCAAUGUUAUAAUUUCCUGGCCUUGAGCAGGCUAAGAAACCAAAGGUUUCAAGGCUGCUUUUACCCUGGUUCCCAGCAGCAUCCAAUGACAUGAUCCCCUUUCCAAAAAAUAUUAUAAAAUUGAAAAAAAUGAAUC